UAAUAGUCAACAAUGCAGGAUUCAAGGUUUACCUUGAUUGACAUUACUUUAAGGUCGUGUUUGUUAUUUGGGAUUUGAUCAAAAUCUCUUAAAUUUAGAGAUGGCAUUAGGGAAGUUUGGCAAAGUUUUGCAGAUACUUGAGAGGCAGUCCCCUCACAGGCAUUUUAGACGUGGUUAUUAUUUGUAUUCACCUGAACCGAUUCACCCCUUACCUGACAGAAAACCAGAUUGGAAAACUGCAGAUGAAGCUCUACAAGUGGUGCAGUCAGGUCAGAGAAUAUUUGUGCAUGGUGCUGCUGCGACCCCAUGUCAUCUAAUUGAGGCAAUGUGUAGACAUGGCACGAGGGCAGACAUUCGAGGCUGCGAAGUAAUGCACAUUCAUACUGAGGGACCUGGAUUGUACAAUGAACCAGAAUAUGAUCACAUGUUUCGAUCUAACUCUCUGUUUGUCGGUGGUAACUCGCGUAAAGCCAUCAAUGAAGGGAGAGCUGAUGCCAUACCAAUAUUUUUGAGUGAAAUCCCGAGGUUGUUUCGGCACAAGAUUAUAGGCCUGGAUAUAGCACUUGUGUCAGUGAGCCCCCCAGACAAACACGGGUUCUGUUCUCUAGGGACAAGUGUAGACUGCACAAGAUCUGCCAUACAGAAUGCUAAAUACAUUAUUGCUCAGGUAAAUAAACAUAUACCACGGACAUUUGGCGAUGGUAUAAUUCACGAAUCUCACGUAGACGCCAUGGUGCAGUGGGAUGAGCCUCUUCAUGAAAUGCAAAUUGGCGAACUGUCUCCAGAAGAGGAACAAAUCGGGAAACUGGUUGCUGAAAAUUUGGUAGAAGAUGGUGCCACACUACAGAUGGGUAUAGGCGCUAUACCGGACGCUGUAUUGGCCCAGCUGGGAAAUCAUAAAAAUCUCGGUGUCCACUCGGAGAUGUUCUCAGAUGGGGUCGUUGACCUGUGUGAGAAGGGUGCAAUAACUAACACAGAGAAAACCAUUAUGACAGGAAAGAUAACUAGCAGUUUUGCUGUCGGGACUAAACGUUUAUACGACUUCAUGAAUAAUAAUCCAUUUGUAGAAAUGUGUGAUGUAGCUUUCACGAACAAUUCUGCAGUAAUUUGUCAGAAUCCAAAGGUGACGGCCAUUAACUCGUGUAUCGAGGUCGAUCUCACAGGUCAGAUAUGUGCUGACUCUAUCGGUACAAGAAUUUACUCAGGGUUCGGAGGUCAAAUAGAUUUUAUUCGAGGGGCAGCUAUAUGUUUGGAUGGUAGAGGUAAACCUAUUAUAGCCAUGCCGUCUGCCACUAGACGAGGAGAAACUAAAAUUGUACCAACUCUGAAACUAGGAUCUGGUGUUGUCACAACACGUGCCCACGUUCAUUAUGUUGUCACAGAAUACGGUAUAGCGUAUCUUUUCGGCAAAAGUUUACGAGAACGAGCCUAUGAACUAAUUCAGAUUGCUCAUCCGGAUCAUAGAGAGAGUCUGGAACAAGCUGCAUUCGAACGACUUAAAUGUAUGCCGGCACCUUUUAAAUAGAAACUUUUUUAGUUUUAAAAAAUUGAUAUUAUAUUGUUAUUAGUAGGCACUUGUUUUGUAAACAGAACCCUGCUACCUGACUGUGUUAGUCAGUUGGAUCGAGAUCGCAAUAAUUAGAUAGUGCUUUAUUGUAGUUUCAGUUUAUGAUACGCAGUAGUGUUUUCACAACUGGCUGCGGCUGUCAUGUUUUAUAUGAUUCUGUCAACUUUGACCUAAUUUUUGAACAUUGACUUGAUUCUGUCAACUUUGACCUAAUUUUGGAACAUUGACUUGAUUCUGUCAACUUUGACCUAAUUUUGGAACAUUGACUUGAUUCUGUCAACUUUGACCUAAUUUUGGAACAUUGACUUGAUUCUGUCAACUUUGACCUAAUUUUGGAACAUUGACUUGAUUUUGUCACUUUGACCCAAUUCAUAAAAGCUGACUAGAUUUUUUUUUAAAAGUUAACAUACAUGAACAUUAACUU